ACAACAAUCGGUGUUCGGUCAAUAAACUAAACAACUUAACAUAAAAUUAUGUUUAAAAAGUUUGAAAAACUCAAUUUUCUUUAGGUAAAUGUGUGAUGAAAAUGGAUUUAUUCCACCCAAUGCAUUUUCAGUUCGUAUAAAAGGGUAAAAACUGUAGAAUCCAACACUCAAGACUAGACAUGUUGAAAUAUCCCACUUGUCGUUGUUGCCUGGCGGUGGACGGCAAACUCCUGUCCCUGCAUUAUGGAGAUGCCGCUCAGCUGUACAAGGAUGCUACCGGCGACCCGGUGGAACCAUCAGACUCGUUGCCGCAACACGUCUGCGUGUUCUGUCUUCAGACAUUGCGCAAGUACUCGCAGUUCAGGGCUCGAUGUCACGCAGUGCUGAACGUGAUGUACCGGGCAUUGAGCCAGGGGACAGAGAUAACGAUAGACUACACACGCUCAUUAACUUCGAAGCACAAACAAUUGAGACCACAAUUCUCACAAUCAGAUACAGUAACGUUAGAUGUAGUCGCUGAUGAGAAACCUCACGAUUCACUCAACCCACUAGACUUACCAGAAUCUCUGGAGUUCAAAUUAGAAAAUGAUGAUAAACAUAUAGAUAUUGAUAAUAAAUUACUCGAACCUAAAGAAGAAUUAUCUGAAGACGUUGUCUUUGCAGAAAAAGAUAAUGACUCUGAAAGAAAUGAGCUAUUGGACGCCGACGAUGAUUUUGAUUCGUUCGCUGAUAGCUUAGUUGCAGUGGAUCUCAAACCGAAAAGAACUAAUAAGAAAUGCGAAGUUCGUAAAAAGAUAAAUAAAGAACCGACGAAAAACGUAAGGAAAGGUAGAAGAAAGAAAUCCGAUAGUAAAGGAAUGAUGGCGCUCGCCGAAUCUUUGGGUUUCAAUUUGACAGUGCUGAGUUUAGACGAGCAAGUGAAAGAGAUAGAAGACAAGAAGAGGGAGACGAGCAACCUGUUCGUGUGCGACCGCUGCGGGAAGCACUUCCUCAACGCCCAGUGCCUGGAGCGGCACAAGGCGUGCCACGUGUUGGCGCCGGGCAGCUUCAUGUGCGAUCUCUGCUCGUGGGUUUUCAAAAAGAAAAAUCUCCUGAUGGAGCACAUUUUGGAUCACAGAUACAUCUUCAGCUGCAAAUACUGCGACUUCAAAACGAAAAAGAACUCCACAUUGAAACUGCACAACGAAUAUCAUAAGGGGAAGCGCUACGUGUGCAAAUACUGCAGCAAAGUGUUCGAGAAGAUCAGCAGCCACUUCACUCACGUGAGGCUGAAGCACGAGGCCGUGCUGCCGUGGUGCGAGCUCUGCGGCGAGGCCUUCAUCGGCGACAAAGGCGUUGUCAGCCACAAAAAGCUGAUGCACAGCAACAUUGAGGAACAAUAUCCGUUCGCGUGCGAGUGCAGCAAGCGAUUCAGAAGUGAAGCUGCGUUGAACAGACACAGAGUCCUUAAAGGUUGUGAUCUGCCCAACUGUGUUCACUGCGGCGAAGCGUUACCGACACCGCAGCUGCUGAGGCAUCACUUGAUACAGCGGCACAUAGACGGCGCCGUGCCGGCCACGUUCGACUGCGGCGGCUGCGUGUUCCGCUUCUACUCGGCGGGCGCGCGGGCGCGGCACUCGUGCGCGGCCGCGGCGGCGUGCGCGCGCUGCGGGGAGGGCUUCCCGCGCGCCGACCUGCUGGCCGCCCACGUGGCGGCGCACCACGACAUGCACAGAUGCGAGGAGUGCGCGCGCCAGUUCACCAGCAAGCAGUUCAAGAUCCACGUCCAGAAGAAGCACGCGCGCGCCGACGCGCUCGCCAGCAAGCUCGCCGACAAGCGCGCGCGCACCAAGCGGGUCUCCGGCCUGCUCGACGCGCGGGUGCGGCAGUGGCGCGUGGUGGACGGCGACGCCAUCAAGCAGGUGGCGCCGCGGGCGGCCGCCGCGCGCGCCUGCUCGCACAUCUGCGAGGUCUGCGGGAAGGGCUUCGCGAAUUCGUCGAAGCUGUCGAUACACAAGUGGCGCGUGCACCGGCCCGAGGCGCGCUUCCCGUGCGCGCUCUGCCACAAGAGCUUCCGCUCCAAAGUGGCCUUGAACGUGCACGAGCGCGUGCACACGGGCGAGCGGCCCUACCAGUGCUCGCAGUGCCCCAAGGCGUUCAAACACCGCGGCGCCUACACCCGCCACUACCUGAUCCACUCGGGGCAGCGCAACCACGUGUGCUCGAUGUGCGAGAAGUCGUUCCAGACGUCCACCGCCGUCAAGAUGCACAUCCAGACGGCGCACAUGAAGCUGCCGUGGCCCGCCAAGCGGAGGCACAGCCAGCCCGCGCACUGACUUCACGUUGUAUUCUAAUUUAUGCCAUAUAACUAAUAUUUAUGCGAAACGAUGAUUAUGCCAAAAAUUAUUGCGCAUAUUUUUUUAUUUAUAACAUGAAAAAAUUAGGCCAAAUGAUGUUAAUGC